UGCCUCUACUAUUCUUCUGUGCGCUAUCUCUGUCGAUCCUCCUUAAACGCACGCUGUGGGCAACGCAGGCGUACAGCAAGGCUUCCGCUUCAUUCCCAGCCGGGCUCGGACCGGAUCGGAGCACCUUCGUCACGUCGGAGAAGAAAGCAGCACACCGCACACCUUAACCGAACCAAACGCGCCACCAUGACCGAACCUAAAUACCGGGAGUGGAUUCUGGAGACCAUAGACUCGCUGCGCUCAAGGAAAGCCCGGCCAGACCUUGAGAGGAUUUGCAGGAUGGUCAGGAGGCGACACGGGUCAGACCCGGACCAAACCCGGACAGAACUGGAGAAGCUUAUCCAGGAUCAAACCGUCCUGAAAGUCAGCUACAAGGGCUCAAUCUCGUACCGCAACGCCGCCAAGGUGCAAAGGAAAAGCAGAAAAAAGCUGGUGGAACCGGAGGCAGGCGGUGACAGUGCAGCCGCUUCUUCAACUGGUCGGACAACGGGCGCAGAACUAGCCAAAAAUGCAAACCCAGCUCUUAACAGUGCUUGCAUUCCCGCAGAAAUAAAGACAUACAGCUGCAAGGACACAGCAUGUCCUGGGGAGGUGCAGUGCAAUGACCCCCAUUCAAACAACACGGGAGAAAACAGCGUGAAGGAUGCGGGAGACGUGGACCCGGGUAGCGGAAACAGUUCUUGUAUGUGCUGUGGCGCAGCGGGCUGCAAAAGUGAACCUCACAAUAAUGGUACUGGUUGUACUAGCAGCAGCAACGCGAAUGGCCCGAAAGACAAGAAGCUGCAACAGACUAGCGCUUUGAGUAACGACACGAGUACUCCUGUGAACUGUGGGAAUAAUAUUAAAACACGGGGUUCCCGCGGGCCAGAGCCGGGCGUGUGCAGAAGUGCGUGCAGCUGCACGGAUCAUAAAACUUGCAGCCACCGGCACAACAAGCAAGCGCCGCUCAAGAAGUGUAGCAGCAGGGUCACUUACAAAGCCUGCCGCAGCGGCGCAGCAGAGGCUAAACCUGAUUUAGGGGACCGGCUUGUGGCGUCUGUUCGAAGUCUUGCAGAAAAGAGUGGACCCUCCGCUAGUAAGACGAGUCACACACCGCUCGGUCUGAAGGAGAUCCUGGGGUUCCUGAGCUCACAGGAGCGCCUCUCCCAAGAGAAGCUGACCCGCAGCAAAGUGAAAGUGGUCUUGGAGAGAGAGGUGGCGAAGGGGCGGCUGCGGAGGACGAGGUUCGGGAAUAUCACGCUCCCGUUGCGGGGAGAGGUGAGGAAGCCAGCCGCUAGACUGGUGAAGCCUCCGCAAGGCAGAGGCGGCAGAAAAAUAAAGGAAGAGAAAGUCAUGGAAGGAGGAGAAGAACCAAUGGAAACUGAACCAAUGGAAACCGACUCCUGCGAAGAGGAACCAACAAGUGUGUCUGGAGACCAAAACCCAAUCAAACCGCCUUCAGAGGACCAAUUGGAAGAGCCGAAAAGUGAUGUCACCGGCACAGAGGAGUGUAACACAAACCAGGUUCCCCCUGAGGAGGACGACAUUAAAAGUCUUCCCUUGGAAUCUCCUGCUGCUGAACAAAGUUCCGCCUGCCAAGAGGCAGCACCAGUACAGGUAGUCAACCCCUCUUCCCCUCAGACAAAGGAGUCCAGCUGUGAAACUGGUCAGUGCAAUGAGGAGCCAGAGGAAGAGAAGAAAGCUCCUGGCAGUAACAAUAUUCCUUCUGAACAGAGUGCGGAGUGCCUCCCUUUAAGCAACAUUGUGAAACCAUGCAGCAGUGAAACAAGCCCCCCUGAGGAGUGCCCCACCGAAGCCUCUAAAACUGAAGAAAUGCCCCUAGAGCUGCUGGACAACACAGAGGAAGCAGAUCCCAGCCCGGUGGAGACCGAGAGAGAGGCAGUCUGCCUCCCUCUCCACCGAGCCGUCCAGAGCAGAGAAGAGGAGCUGCAGACUGAGAGCAACAGUGUCCCUGCGGGCACUGCAGUGGAGGAUGAGAAGAUGCUCCAUAGAGAAUGUGACACGCUGGCUGCCUCGGUCCUGUCAGUACCGAUGGAGAGCUGUGGCUGUGCAGUGGAGGCGGGCGUGGCUCCGUGUUUGCUCACCCCCUCCGCGUCGCCGGGGGAGACGGUGGGGACCGAGCAGCGAGUCCUCAACGGAGACGUCUGUGUGAAGGUAGAGAAGUGUGCUGUGGACCCCGUGGACUGGAGCGUGGCGGACGUGGUGAGCUACUUCACUGCAGCCGGAUUCGGGGAGCAGGCCGGAGCCUUCAAGAACCAGGAAAUCGACGGCAAGUCCCUCCUCCUGAUGCAGCGCAGUGACGUGCUGAAGGGCUUGUCAAUCAGACUGGGCCCUGCCCUCAAGAUCUAUGAGUUUCACAUCAAGGUGUUGCAGAGGAGUCACUUCCAGGUGGAGAGCGCCCUCUGCUGACAGUCCAGGGGAAUGAACAGGGACACUGCUGCAGAGGGAAGCCUGGACACCUUAAACUCUUUAUACCAGCGGGAUGCCAUCGGCGCAGAACCAUUUUUUUUUUUGCAGUUGUUGUUUUGAAACCCUGCAAGCCGUCAUACACCAGCAGAAUCUCCUCCUGUUUACACUGACUCUGUUUACAGACUCGCCCGCUAAUCUGGGAUUACGCAGCGGACAAGCGUGCUCAGUAAUGCUUUUCAAAUACGAAGACAAAACGAUAAUAAUCUAAACAUCAGCGACUCUGAAUACAAUAAAAAUACAACAAUACAUCCAUUUUAAAUGUGUUAGUGGUGUUAACAUCUGCUGCUGUUUAGACAAUUACAAAAUAUCCCAGAUGGUGUCAUUCCAGGCUUUGUCAGGGGUAUGUAAAAAGCUUGCACCCGUUUUUGUACGACAGAGAAAUGCUUCACCCUUGACGUGCGCAGUCGGCUUCCGGAACCGUGAUUUUAAAAUACGGGCUGAUUUUUAUUGAUAUAUAAAAAUGUUCUUUUAAACUAUGGAAUUAGUGUUUGUGUCAGUAAUGCUUCUUUUUGAGAACUCAAGUGAUCUCUGUGAAAUAUAAAAACAGCCAACGCCCAUCCCCCUAAACGACCUGGGCAUUCGCUGCACAGACCUGCCGCGUGUGGAAGAGAAGGGGGUCACAGCUCAAAUGGUAGAGGAUGCAAACCCAUUAAAGGUUAGAGAAAGUCACAUCCAGACUUAAUCAUUUUUCUACAGCAUGUACAGAGGGCUGACUCUUGCUAGUUUUUUUUUUUUUUUUUAUUGUCGCUGCUAUAAACAAACAGUACCUAUGCCAGAGAAACGUUAGGAUGCCAGGGACUGUUAAUCAGAACAUGUUUGAUUUUCCAAUGUCUUCCAUCUUCAUACAAGUUCAGUUUCAUUCUCACAAAUCCACGACCUUCCCUUCGAUAGCUGCAGGGCAACACUGUAAGAGAACCCCCCUUUUUGACUGCGUUCACACAAUAGCCUUUAACCCCUGUUGUAAUUUGGUAGGAACUUCUAGAUUAGUCAGUUCAUGAAUUCAGAAGUUUGCGGGACUCGCUACACAAUUGGCCCCUGUGGUGUGAAGAGGCACAGUCGCGUUGGGGGGCUCGAGUGAGUACCUGCAUGUGGGGAGGGCUGCGAAACAGAGUUCUACUAUCACAGAACUGAAACCAACAGUGACACAGAGGGCAGUAGAAGUGGUACUGAAACCUUAAGUGACUUUACACUUAAAUAGAAACAAACCAAGCACAACGAAACAGUAACGCGAGGAAGCCAAGUUCUCCUGAAGCUUCCAUAUUGUCCUUAAAUGUUUUAAAAACAUUUCCUACCUUUUUGUUAUAGCAGCAUUAUCAUUGGUCCCCAUUUAUCAUUGCGCUGAAGAUCCUCUCGUCCUUUGCUUGAUUUUUUCUUCUUUCAAGUACUGCACGCCAUGUAUGCUGUUUUAAAUGCCUUCACCCCUCCCUGUACUGUAACUGAUCUACAGUGGGAGUACGGUCUGAUCUUGGGUGUAGAGAUGUCCUGCAGCCUAAGAAGUGAUGAGGUACCAUGAGGGAUACCUUUAUGUUUUUUAAAAAUGAAAUGUCGUAUAUGUAUAAUGAAAAUGAGAGUAUACAACACAGAUGCUAGAGGAGUAGCAGUAAUGUUGCUUAAUACUCCUAAGUGUUUAGAAACGUGUUAAUGGAGAGGGAUUUAAAGCACAGCAUUUUGAAAUGCUCUCUUUGGGGAAUGUUUGUUUUGUUUGUUUCAGUGCGUUCAACCCCAUACUCGUCCUGUCGCAUUAUAUUUUGUAAAUGAGCUGCUUUUUGUUUUAACAUGUUCUGAAUCUCUUGCCCCACAAUGCAUUGUUAAGAAGACUGCAAGCAGGGGUACCGUGACAGAGACUGCGAACGUUCUCAACAGAGACUCAAAUACCUUUCCAUUUAUACUCGUGAAAUUAUUCAUUAAAGUUGUUAACUGUUGUGUGACUUGUUUCCCUGGAUUUCUUUAUUUUAUUUGUAAUAAAUAAAUAAAUAAACAAAACAAAAAAAAGCUUUUUAAUUCAAAUCUAAUUGAAAUAAAGGUAAGUUCCAGAUGAA